UCCAAAGUACAAAUGUUGCAGGAAGGCGGACGGCAACACCGUAAGACCUCCUGCACAAAUGUUUAUUUUGUUUUGAGAAAACCAAAAUAACCUGUUUGGGCCGAUGUUGACGUUCGGCCGUACGGUCCAGAAUUAGCGAAAUGUCCCACAGCGACAGCGAACUGCGAGACGAGGAUCGUUUCCGGAUGCGGUUGCGGUUCAAGUGCAAGGCCAAGAAUAAAAUCAACACCCCUGAUGAUUUCAGACAACUAAAACGUAAAUUGCAGCCGCUGUUCCAGGAGAUCCGUCUAGUGCAGGCGGCCAGCUGUCAUAACACCGAACAGGUGAAGCGGUUGUUGGAGAUUGGUGUGAGCCCCAACAGCACUGAUGCUGAAGGUAGAAGUGCCUUGCAUGUAGCAGUCAGCAAGGGUUAUGCCGACAUUGUUAAGCUAUUGCUUACUCACGGGGCAGAUCCGAACAAAAGAGAUGUAAUUCAGAAUACUCCAUUGCAUUUAGCUGUAUGCUUGCAUAAUUUGUCGAUUAUUACCAUGCUGAUUGAUGCCAAGGCAGAUAUAAGAUCCAUCAAUUCCCAUGGGAGGAAUCCUUUGGAGUUGGCCUCAAGCAAACUCGCCAUUUUGAGGAGGGGGUGGAGGGAUGGUGCCAUUGAAAUGCACAAUUUAAGAUCUGAGAUCAGUCAAGUGGUUGAUUUGUUGUUGUCACUUUUCUCCAGAGGACUGGAACAACAAAUGGAAAAAUUAAGUACAAAUGAUGUAGAUCACCUGCAAUCAAUGAAACUGUCAUUGGAUUCCAAAAAACCAGAAGAAAUGGAUGAUGAAAUGUCCAAACUCUUAGGUGAUAUUGAAAAGUUUAGAAUUACAUAAUUUAUUUUCAA